AAUAGAGCACAUUUGCAUCCCUAAUGAAAACGUGAACGUGAAUUUGUUUGUAAAUAGAGUGAAAUGGAAGAGAAUACAAAUGAACAGUUCAUUGAUGAUGUAUUUACGUGUGCAGAAAAGUCUCUUACUGAUGACGAGAAGCAGAAAUUGGAAGAGCAGAAUAAACGUUUAAUACCGGAGUUCAAGGCUCGGCAAUUAGAAGCGCAGGCACAAAAACAUUGGGACCUCUUCUAUAAACGUAAUGAAACUAGAUUCUUUAAAGAUCGUCGAUGGACAACGAGAGAAUUUCAAGAAUUAAUUAACGACUAUCCCUCCCUGCCAUCGGGCGAGGGAAAUGAGUGCAGAAAACUAUUGGAAGUGGGUUGCGGAGUUGGAAAUUUUGUGUUUCCUUUAAUGGAAGAACUCGAAUCCCUAGGACAGAAAAAUAACUAUUUUUAUGCAUGUGAUUUUUCUCCCCGGGCCGUGGAAUUUGUUCGUUCCAAUCCAAAGUACAAUGAGGAUCGUAUUAAAGCCUUUCAAUGCGAUACAACGACGAAUUCAAUUCAUCAAAAUAUUCCCCCCGAAAGCAUAGAUAUAAUAUCAAUGAUAUUUGUUCUGUCUGCUAUUUCACCCUGUAAAUUCGAUGCAGUGAUUAAAAAUCUUCACACUAUACUUAAGCCUGGUGGCAUUGUACUAUUUCGGGACUAUGGUCGUUACGACAUGGCACAACUCAGAUUUAAGUCUGGACAUAAAAUUUCCGAUAAUUUCUACAUGCGCCAAGAUGGUACUCGAAGUUAUUAUUUUGCCGAACAGGAAUUAUCAAAUUUAUUUAGAGAAAAUGGUUUUGAGAUAAUGGCAAAUUCGUACGUACAUCGUCGUACACUUAAUGUAAAAGAAGGUAUCGAUGUACCACGUAUUUUUCUACAAGGCAAAUUCCGUAAGUUAUAGUCGUAAAGACCAAAUAAAAAGGCAAUAAUUGUUUACUUGAAUAUAUAGUUUUCUCUUGACAGUUUAUUUUUAGUAGAUUAUAAUUUCCAUUUCUUUAUUUUAAUUUAAUUGAUAAUAUGUAACAUGAUUUGGUGUAAUUGUAAUUAACAUUUCAAUAAAUACAUAUAUGAUUUUCAUUA